ACAGCGCUUGCGCCCUUUGCACAAUCCAGGCAAGGUCGUAGCUAGCUAGCAUUGCAAGGAGCCUAUCUCGCUUAAAAGAUGAUGUCCCUUGCCGCUCGUUCGGGGGCAUUUUCCCCAUACUUGCAGGCAACGAACUAUGCAGUUGCUGGACCACUCAAAGCACUUAUUCCAGGGGUGGUUGUAAAGGGAGAGAAAGUGUUGGUAGACACGAAGAAACCUUUCCUAACCCGCGAGUCCCUGAACGGUCAGAGCCCCAAGACCGGGCCGGCAGUAUCAGUUAGCAUAAAUGCAAAAGCUGCAGUCCGCUUCGCUCACACUGACAUCAAGGUGCCAGAUUUCUCUGAUUACCGUCGUCCUGAGUUGCUUGACCCCAAUAAAUCUUCUCAGGAGAGCAGCGAGUCCAGGAAAACCUUCUCCUACCUUGUCACCGGGGCCACAGCUGUGGUGGGUGUCUACACAGCCAAGACCGUGGCCACACAGUUUAUCUCUUCCAUGAGUGCCUCAGCUGAUGUCCUGGCCAUGUCCAAGAUCGAGGUCAAGCUGGGAGAGAUCCCAGAGGGCAAGAAUAUGACCUUCAAGUGGAGGGGCAAGCCUCUGUUCAUCCGCCACCGGACUGAGAAAGAGAUCGCCGCAGAGGAAGCUGUGGAUAUGGCUGAGCUACGUGACCCCCAGCACGACAAGGACCGCGUCGCCAAACCAAAAUGGAUCAUUGUCAUCGGCGUGUGCACCCACCUGGGCUGUGUACCCAUCGCCAAUGCUGGUGACUAUGGCGGAUACUACUGCCCCUGCCAUGGCUCUCACUACGAUGCCUCUGGUCGCAUCAGGAAAGGCCCAGCCCCACUCAACCUGGAGGUGCCUUACUAUGAGUUCCCAGAUGAGGACACUGUAAUUGUAGGCUAAAUUGCUGGACUGAGAUCACAGAUCAGUAUGUUCGGUAUGUUUCUGUCUGACUCAUUAUUCCAUCCAUUAGCAGGUAUAAACUGUUUCAGGGUGGUAUAUUGUAAGUAAUAAAUGUACAUUUUAUCUGA